UCAUUUCUCAUAUAUUAAAUGCUCCUGCUGUUGCAGAAAGGCAUCCAUGCAAAUACAGAGAAGCAAAGACUACCAUAUUAACUGGAGUAGCCCUCGUUGCAUCUUUUCCAUCUCUUCUGUAUAUCUUCCUUAUUGCACGGACUGAGAACUCUUAACUACUAUUGUUCUCUGCACUGCUUAUUUUGUUUAUUUGCUUUCUUGAAACCGAUCGAUUGAGCUUGAUCAGUGAAUAUGAAGAAGAUGUCUCCUCGCGCGUGCGCGGACGCCGGCUGCGUAGAUAACGGGAUCAUGCUGUUCGGCGUGCGGGUCACCGAGGGAAACUCGUUCCGGAAGAGUGCCAGUAUGACCAAUCUCUCGCAGUACGACCAGCAACCUCAAGAUUCUAACGUCGAGGCCGGCUAUGCCUCAGACGACGUCGUUCCCUCGGGUGGCGGUCGCGAGCGCAAGAGAGGGGUGCCAUGGACGGAGGACGAGCACAGGCUUUUCUUGCUGGGUUUGCAGAAGGUAGGGAAAGGAGAUUGGAGAGGGAUUUCAAGAAACUUUGUGAAAACAAGAACUCCAACUCAGGUGGCCAGCCACGCUCAGAAGUACUUCCUCCGCCGGACUAACCAGAAUCGGAGACGCCGGAGAUCUAGUCUCUUUGACAUCACCGCCGAUACGUUUCCGGGUUCCUCAAUCGACGAAGAUCAAGUUUACCAUGAAACAGUGCCGCUACCGAAGCCACAGCCACAGCUAAGCCAUAAUUUCGGCGGAUUCCCGAUGCCUAAUUUUCCAGUGGCGCUCGCUCCUUCAGUGGUACCACUUGCCGUCGAAAACCCACUGGAAAAUCUUUCGUUGGGACCCAGCAAUCAUACAAGGACGUCAAGCAAGCCAAUCAGGCCGACACCGAUUCUUCCAGUGCCUCCGUCUUUGAAAAUGGCUGAUCUUAAUCUGAACCAGAAUACCAACACGGACCCCAGCUUGCCUCUAUCACUGAAGCUCUCCACAGCAUCGUCGGGCGAGCAGUCACCUCCGGCGACACACUCGUCAACUUUUCAGAUGAAGGAAGAUAGAAGAAGAUAGAGGUGAAGUUCGAGGAAGAAUAUGUAUGUAUAUGUCAUACCUCUUUAAGCAAUUUUCAUUAGAUAAUGAUAGGCCUACUACCUCCUACCACCGGUCUACUACUCACAUUAUUAUUUUUAGUUUCUUUCUUCUCGGUCUGCACGCUCAGAAGCUCUCCGCAUCAUUCCUUUACUCCUCUGCACUCAUCUAUCAGAAACUCGCCUGCCAGAAACUUUGUUCUGCACUUCUCUACUUAUAAAGAGGAGACUAACCAUCGGUGAUGUUAUAACCCAAGCGCAUAAUUCAUAUUGUAAUUUAAUGUUAGUCUCAGCUUUAUAACAUCAAGGAUGGUUAGUACUUGCUAAAUGAACCCAUGAUUUUGCCCCAUUAAUAUGAGAUCAACUCAGUAUUACUAGUGAAGUGAUUAUUAGUGAAAUUGUAUAUUUUUUUUAAUUAUUAAGAAUGUUAAAAAAUAUGUAAAAGAAAAUAAAAUAAAAACAAAAAAAAUUGUACUAGUCCCGUUGGGUGUACUCGCUAGCAUCAUACCCAAACAUAGUCUUCUUUUUUAUAAGUAGAGGAGUGCAGAGUAGAGUUUCUGACAAGCGAGUUUCUGAUGGAUGA